UCCAAUUCUAGGUAGCCGUACUAGCAGAAGAGAUUGGAGUAUGUAGUGUAUUUACGAUGAAUCACGUUGACAUUAUUUAUUGCAAUUAUUUGGGUUCAGAGAUAAUUUCAAUGGAAUUAAAAUCAGUUUCAAAUGGAGGUCGUGAGUUAUAGUAUUAAUGUGUGCUGGACGUUCUGUUGAUGAUAAUUAAUCUUCAAAUUAGGAGGUGCGGCCAUGUUAACUUGGAACAGGACAUUUUAGUUUUCCGCCUGCGGGUUAGACCUACUUAAUUCACAGGAUGCCAUGUAAUUUGAAGACAAGAUAUAUACCAGCUACGUUUGCUUGGAUUUUAUUGCUAGGCACGACAGCUUUAUUCUAUUGUUUCCCAUGUCAAUAUUAUAUUAAUCCACAUCCAUGGGUUCCGGCACUGGAAGGCGUCAUCACCUUCUUUGUUUUAGCGAAUUUCACGUUGGCAACUUUUAUGGAUCCAGGAGUGAUCCCGAAAGCUUCCCCAGACGAGGACCGGGAUGACGACUUUCGGUCGCCACUCUACAAGAACACGGAGAUCAACGGCAUCACGGUGCGCAUGAAGUGGUGCGUCACAUGCAAGUUCUAUCGGCCACCGCGAUGCUCGCACUGUAGUGUCUGCAAUCACUGUAUAGAGACUUUCGAUCAUCACUGUCCGUGGGUGAAUAACUGUAUCGGAAGGAGAAACUAUAGAUAUUUUUUCUUUUUUCUGGUCACACUCAGUGUGCACAUGAUAAGCAUACUGCUGGCGUGCCUCUACUAUGUUCUGCGACUGAACAAGGAUGAGCUAACAAAAGUAACGCCUGUUGUGUCAUUGGUGAUAAUCUGCAUAAUAGCGUUGCUGUUCAUCCCGAUCUUCGGCCUGACGGGGUUCCACAUAGUGCUGGUGGCGAGGGGGCGCACCACCAACGAGCAAGUGACGGGCAAGUUCCGUGGCGGAUACAACCCGUUCAGUCACGGCUGCUGGAAGAACUGUUUCUAUGGCCUCUGCGGGCCACAGUUUCCCAGUCUUCUGCACCCGACGAAAUACUCGGGCAAGAAGCGGAAAGAGUGCACCGAGGUGGUGACCAUAGCUGAUGACAACCAACAGGUCAAGACCUACAUGGAUAACAGCAAUGGUCUACGCAGUGCCAAUCCCAACGCUUACAACAAGUCGCCCGUCGUCAUGGAAACUGAGGCUGGACACAGAGAUCUGUCGCCGGGUCGUGACGGAGGCGGCGGUUCGGACACCGACAUGGAGCCGACCGCUUCGCAGUCGCAGGACUGUGAGCCGACUCCGCCCCUGCAGCGACACGGAUCAAAGACCAACUUCUAUCUGCCGCCGGUGGAGGCGGGUGAAUCGCCGAGAGCUCCGCCCCCGCCAUACAUCGCCACUCGACCCAGUCCGCAUGCCAGGCCAGGUAUGGGUCAAUCGCGGAGUCACACACCGGACAUGGACCGGGGAAAUUCGGGCCCAAGUCCCACAAUGCAGCAGCGAAUCAAAGCCAUAGGGGUGCCCACCCCACUCACACUAUCCAGUCCACUUAGAAGAUCGAACCCAGGCACACCGACCCAGCCGCGCCGACCUGACUUCAUCGGCGUGUCGACGGGCAACGUGCAGCAGGCGCCGACUUACCUGGAGUACGGUGGUGGGGGUGGUCAGGGGGGGCAGCGGAGCGGUGGCCACUACCAUCCCCACCAGCAGGAGGGCAGUCCUCAGAGACGGUUCCUGUCCGAGGGUGAACUGCUGAGGGGCGGAAGCGAUUUGCCGCCCGCCUAUCCUCGCACUAACAACACGGUGGACAAUAUCCGGGAACUAGCGGGCUCGCCACAGCGCGGGGUCUACACGUGGAAGGACACGUCACCGAACGCCUACUGCAGUCGCAGCGGAGGCGGCAACUCCUCGGGGGGCGGCUACGGCGACCACUACCGAUCCAACCCCACCAGUCCCACGCAGCGCGGAGUCUACUAUCCGGCGCUGAGGGGCGGUGUGCCCGUCUUUCCGCCCCCGCAAUCGCCGCAGGUCAAACGCAAGACAACCACGGUUGCCGCCUCCACGGCCCCCACGCCGCCACGGACUGUGCUGAAGGACCCGCCCCCGGGGGCCGACAACAGACGCCGUCCCAUGUCGUUUGUGCGCGCUCUCGAAAUGACCGACUCGAUAGACAUGGCUGAUGCCGCCUCCGGGGGCCAGCCGCCUCCGCCUCCCCAACGGGGCACCACCCCCACCCCCGACAGGGUCAGUGUCUACGACAUGAACUAUGAGAUAUCCGUAUAGCCGUUGCGGUUACCACCACACUGUCCUCACCACGACUUUUACUAUUGCUAGCCACUCACACACUCACACUCACAAGCACCUUCUCAACCGUUUCUAAAUCCUUACAAGUUCUGUGUCUACAAUAAGAUUUGGUCCGUUCCUUAUUUGUUACAAUAAUUUUGUAAUUUCCAUGUCUACAGUUUGAUUUGGUCCAUUCCUAAUUUGUUACAAUAAUGUAGCAUUUUCAUGUCUACAGUUUGAUUUUGUCCGUUCCUAAUUUGUUACAAUAAUGUAGCAAUUCUAUGUCUACAGUUUGAUUUGGUCCGUUCCUAAUUUCAACAACUUGAGAUAGAAUAUUAGAGAUAUCAAGAGAUAGAUAUCAUUUUUCAUUUUCAUAUAUAAAUAGUUUCCUUGUAUAUAGCUUUAUUUAGAGUUGUUUUCGAUUUAAUUCACUCAUAAAUAUUAUUUGGACUGUUCCCAAGUUCAAAAAUGUCUUAUUUUAAUCGGAUAAGGUAUUUCAGUUGUCAUCAAAUAUCCUAUAUUCAAUUAACUGCACGCUAGACAACAUUAAAAGCGUCUUUCACUUUCACAAACAACAAGAAAACUUAAAUUUCCUUAGUAUUAGGAAGGAUUAGCAGUCAACUUAUUUUAAUCGGAUAAAAUUUUUCUAAUAACGUAUUACAUAAAAGUUAUUAAAUUAAUUGUCAGCAGCAGAGGCUUGCUACUUAGUUUCGCCUUACUUGAUGAGAAAUUGAUUAGUGAACUUGAAUUUAAUUCUAGUGUUUUCGGAUUCAAGCUCUGUCAAAAGUAUGAGUUUUGUCCGGUCUAAUUGGAUCAAUAACGUCUAAUUAAUAGUUUUCUUGAAUUUAAAUUUGUUUUUUCGAAUUUAAAUUCUCUCAUCAAUACGAGAUGGUUCAAUAACUUCUAAACUGGGAAUGAAGUACUUAGUGAAUUUAAAUUUUUCGGAUUUAUUGUAUAUAUUUUUUCAAUGACGAAGGUUAUAUUGUCGGAAAGUGGUAAUAUGUUCUUAAUUUUAUUUUAUAAUUUAUAAUUGGAUUAGUGAUAUAAAUUUCUUAUCGGAAAAGCCUUAUCAUAUUAGGGUUCUUAUCACCACUACAAUUUCUAUGUCACCUUGACCAAGUUGGUCUUGUUCCAAUUUCAAUAACGUCCAAAUCGAUAAGCCUACUAUCUUUUGUAUUAGAAUUCAACAAUUUUCCAGGAUUGGAUCCAUUCAUUUUUGUUAAAUAAAUUGUAAGAUGACUUGAAAUUGUCACGACCUGAAUAAUUAAAAAAUUGAGAAACUAAUUCAGUUGUUAGUAGUAAGCUAGAAACUAGUUUUGUUAAUGAUUAUCAGUAAUUAUAGUUCAGAAUCUAGUUUUGGUAAUGGUAGUUUGUUAAUUAACAACAGAAACUAGUUUCUAAAUUUGUAAAAUAUUAAGUCGCUGUGACAAUCUCCAGUCGUUCUAUUUUUUUGACUAAGCUAGAACCGUAUCAAUCAUUUAAUCAGGAAACCUGUAAUUUCAAGCAAUAUUAGUUGUAUUAAGUAACUCAUAUCAUAUAUCAAAAAGCUUACAUUUUCCCCUCGAUAAUAUCUAAUAUCAUUGAUUUACUUCAUUUAUUAGUGGGUAUUUCAAAAUUUCUCCAAUUAUUUGCUAAGACAGUGAGUUCUAUUAUGAUUCAAUGUUUAUAAUACAACAUUUCAUAUCAACGCUUAAACCAUAGAGAAACAAUAGCGUAAGUAGAUAUCCCAUGGCAUAGGGCGUUUAUGUCGCAACUUUUACUGUUAACUCAUUAUUUUUGAGUUUUACUGUUUUUUUGGGGGUGAGAGUGUAUGCACGGCACCAUAUGAGAGACAACCAGCGUCACACAGCUUCACGGAAAGAAUUACGUGGACUAUCGGCUUAAGAUAACAGUUAGGCUCAACUCACACUCUCGCGACUCAGGUCGAGAAGAGACUCGACUGUAGUCGAGAGCAUGUGU